AUGGACAAGUUUGUAAUAGCGAUAUCUGGGAAACGGAAAUCUGGUAAAGACUACUGCACCAAUAACUCAAUAAAAGCAUUCGAGAAGAUACAAUUAUCUGUAUCAGCUGUCGGCAUAUCACACAGUUUGAAGGAAGAAUACGCAAAGAUUCACAAUCUGAACUUCGCAGAACUAUUAACAGAUGGACCGUACAAGGAGCAGUUCAGAAAAGAUAUGAUACGAUGGGGAGAAGAUGUCAGGAAUAAAAUUCCCUCAGUAUUUUGCAGAGCUGCUCUUCUUUCUGUAGAUGAUAGCGACAUUGUAAUCGUUUCGGAUUGCCGACGAAUAACAGAUCUCGAGUUCUUCGUUAGAACUAUAAAACUCUCACAGUUCGUGUUGAGACUAUCGAAGAGCACAGACAGCAACGGGGAUUUCGAUUCGUGA